UAUUGGUGACUCCAUAGAGGAAAAGUUUGGUUGAGGAUAAUUGGGAGCUAAUAUCUUGGUUGGUUAAGGGGCAUCGAUGACAUGAUGUUUUCUCCUACAGCAUACUGAUUGAUAAUGGUCUCCCAUGAUGAAGGCUUCAUAUUCCAGUUCCUUAGAGAGUAUACAUCUUCAACUUCUUUUUGAUAGGCUUUCCUCUGGUAGUUAAAAGAUAUACCCCUUAAUGAGCUUUGAAACUUGAAUCGCGACAGCAGAUGUGAUUAUCAACUGAUUGAUCACUGCCUUUCAUCCAAGGUAUCACAAAUAUUUUUUACAAAGUUUCUGCUUAUCUGUAUCAUGUUCUACUUGUUAACAACUGUGCACGUGAUGAUUGUGGAACAUUAAAUAGAUGUAUAUUCAGUUGUGUCAGCGUUAGGGAGACAUUUGCAGUCUCAUGUUAACCCAUUUCAAAAACUCCAUAAUCAGUGCAUGGGGUAGUUUGAGGCCCACUGUUUAGCAAAUGGAUGAAUAAGGUAAGUUCGCUCCAUAUAUCUGUUGUACAAGUUGCUCUUUGCUCAAUCUUCCUUCAGGUUACUUGUUCAACUAGCGCUUGUUGCAAUUUCUAUGCUUCCAUCCUUCUAUAUAGUAUUCGGUAACUAGUUUGAGUUAUUUUUACUUAUCUAAUCUAUUUGUGUGAGAGAUAGCCAUAUUGCAUUACUUGUGUAAGCAUGCUCUGACAAAUUUGCAUAGAAUUUUUCUUUUGUUGAUGCAGGAAUUCUUCGUUAUCCUCCUCCAUAUGCACAAAUGAUUAGAACACCAUUUCCCCCUCGCAUGCCUAUCCUACCGCUGUCAAGACCACCAGUUCCGUUGAUGCGUGGUCCCAUUAUGCCACUGGUUGUUAGACCUCCUGGCCUUCUAAAUGUUCCACCAGUAGAGAAGCCACAGCCCACUGCUUAUGUUGGUCACCUUGCUUCAACUGUUGAUAACGAUUUCAUCCUGUCUCUCCUUAAUCUUUGUGGCCCAGUAAAAACUUGGAAACGUGCUCAAGAUCCCUCAAAUGGUUCCCUGAAGGGUUAUGGAUUUUGUGAGUUUGAGUCUGCUGAAGGUGUUCUUCGUGCGAUGAGGCUUCUAAGCAAAUUGAAUGUAGAUGGACAAGAGUUGCUGAUAAAUGUAUCCCAAGCAACACGAGAAUAUCUAGAGCGUUUUGUUGAUAAGAAAACCGAUAACUCUAAAAUGACAAAAGAGACUGAAAGUCAAGGGGCUGAGACGGAUGAAGGAAAGGUAACAGGUGACAAGAAGGACGAGCCUCCUAAUGUCUCUGCUGAGUCUGAAAAGGAUGGAAAUGAUGCCAGAAAAGAUGAAAAUAACAAUGCUUCCACCUUUGGCAUUGUGACUGAGGAAGACAGGGAAGCUGACCAAGAAGCUUUAGAGAAGCUUACAAACCUUAUGGAGGAAAGAUUGAAGAACAAUCCCCUGCCGCCCCCUCCACCACCACCACCUUCAGCUCCUCAUUAUACUGGCAACUCGAAUUCAGAGCCAACAGCUAGACUCAAGGAUGGGGAGUCUGAUGCUGAGAUGGUGAAACAUGAUACAAUGGAAGAGACAACAGGAGGUGACAUCAAACAAAAUAGUGAGCAUGAUCAGCCAGAACCAAGCUCACCUGAUGGGAUUAGAAGGCAUGAUAGGAGGAGCAGGGACAGGGAUAGGGAGCGAGAUUUUAUGCGGGAAAGAGAGGAGGAACUUCAUAAAAAAGAAAGGACUAGGGAACAAGAACGAGCUUGGAGAGAUAAAGAAAGAGAGUCCAAGACAAGAGAUGAAGACCGUAAAUAUAAUGCUCGGGUUGCGGAUUGGGAACGGAAACUCAAAGAUAAAGAUUAUUACCGGCAGGAGGAUAAGGACAAGGAGAAAGAGAAGGAGAAAAAACGGAAGCGAUUAAUUGAAGACCAGGAACGUGAGAACGAUGAUGGUGAUUCCAGAAAGAGAAGACACAAGUAUAUUGCAGACGACAGAAGACGAAGACAAAGGGAGAAGGAAGAUGACCUGGCUGAUGCCCUUCGCGAAGAGGAAGAGUUGGCUAGAGCCAAGAUAAAGGCUGAGGAAGAACUGCAACAACAGAAGGAACAACAGAAUGAGGCUUUAGUAUUUCUUCCCUCUCCAUUGGCUAAUGGAUCUGAUAAAUCUGUCUUGUCUGUGGAAAAAAUGGAUAUCGAAGUGAAAGUUAUUGACGACACCAAUAAUCAGAUGUUGAACCUUAAUGGUGGUGGCAGUGCACAAUAUGGAAAUCAUGAUGACAUUGCAGGAUCAGCCGCUGCCCCGGCUAAGAAAUUGGGAUUCGGUCUUGUAGGUUCAGGAAAGCGAACAACUGUUCUGUCUGUUUUUAAUGAAGAGGAAGAUGAAGAAUCAAGGAAAGACAAAAAGAUGAGACCUUUGGUUCCAAUUGAUUAUUCAAAGGAGGAACAACAGGCCGUCCAAACUACCACUGCACUUUCUCCAAAUUUGGCUGCUGAAGUUGGAAAGCACGUCUUCAUUUCUCCUAAACCCGAGAAAUUUGAGGAGAGAAGUAGGCACAACCAUGACAGGACUAACCAUCGUGACCGAGGGGGUCGAUAUGAUAAUAGGGAUGAGAAGAGAAAGGACGAUAGUGGUGAUAGAGAACAUGGAUCCGUCAAAGAGCAUAAACCGGAUACUAGGAAGCUCAAAAAUGCAAAACAAUUGAUUGAUAUGAUCCCGAAGACCAAGGAUGAGUUGUUUUCAUACGAAAUUAACUGGGCUGUGUAUGAUAAGAACAAGCUGCAUGACAGAAUGAAACCGUGGAUCUCGAAGAAGAUAACAGAAUUUCUGGGAGAGGAAGAGACGACUCUUGUGGACUACAUUGUUCAGAGUACGCAGAAGCAUGUCAAUGCAACUGAAAUGUUAGAAAAUCUGCAGGGUAUUCUGGAUGAGGAAGCGGAAAUGUUUGUGUUGAAGAUGUGGAGGAUGCUCAUAUUUGAGAUAAAGAAAAUUGAGUCUGGUCUUGCAUUGAGUUCCAAGUAAAGUAUUUUCUCUCUUUAUCAAAUCCAAUAAACCAUUUGAGAUAUAAGUAGAUUAAGUCUUGGUCGGAUGAUUUUUAUGUUCUGUGUUACUCUUGUUUGCUCAUGUCUAAUGUUGAAGAAAGAUUGUAAAAUUUGCAUAACAUCAUUCUUUACUGUUUCUAGUGAUUUAUCUAAUGUUGGCAAUGGUUGUCCAUUUUCUUUUCUUUA